ACAAACAGGCUUUGUAAUUGUUGCCGAGGUAUUGUGUCGGUGGUGUAUUAUCGAACAAACAUGCCGCAUGUGUGCAACUAACUGGACAUGUGAAGCCACGGAGGCAUGGCUGGAUGCGCCGAACAACAAGAAGAGCGACAUUGGGACUCCUAAGAUUAAAGAUUAACGUUCCCUUUGUGGCGGUGGAGACGCUGGGCAGAAGAUGGCGUUGAAGAUGCCCAAGAAGACAGCUCACUACAUGGAGCUGGGCAGCAAGCAGCAGUGGCCAGUCCUCAGUCCACAGAGGAUCAGACUCUACACUUACCAACAAAUCCCCCUCUUCCUUCGAGAGAACCCCUUCAUCACAGACGGCUACCGAGCACACCUGCCUUCCAAACUCUGCCUGAAGAGUAUUUGUGUCAUGUCUAAUGAGACGGUGAAUAUUUGGACCCACCUGUUGGGGUUCAUUCUCUUCUUCUCCCUUGGAGUCAACGACUUCAAAUCAGUGUUGCCGGCCUCGGGAGCUAACCAGGAGGACUAUGUCAUCUACACUAUAGGACUGUUUUGCUUCCAGGUGUGCAUGUUGUGUUCUGUGGGUUAUCAUCUGUUCUCAUGCCACCGGUCAGAGAAGACCAGUCGUCGCUGGUUGGCCUUGGACUACGCAGGAAUUUGUGUUGGCAUCUUGGGAUGUUAUGUGCCUGGACUCUUUUACGCCUUCUACUGCAACCUUUUUUGGCGGCAGGUCUACCUCAUGACGGUGCUGUCCCUGCUCCUGGCAGUCUUCUGCACCCAGGUUCACCCACAUUAUCUCAGCAGGGACUGGCGCUGGAUCAGGAUGACCAUCUUCUCCUGCAUGGUUGGCAUCAGUGUGGUUCCGGCGGCCCACUGGGUGUGGCUCAAUGGGGGGUUUACCUCCUAUAUUGUUCAGCACUUCUUUCCUCGAAUGAUCAUCAUGUACCUGAUUGCUGGAUCUGCCUUCUUAUUCUACCUUACCAAGAUCCCUGAGCGCUACUUCCCUGGCCAGGUGAACUACAUCGGUGCCAGUCACCAGGUGUGGCACAUCCUGGUGGUUGUCAUGUUCUACUGGUGGCAUCAGACUGCAGUCGCCAUCAUGCAGUUCAGGCACAGCCAGGCCUGCUCCUCACAGACAAGAUGAUCAAUCAUGCAGCACAGCCAGGCCUGCUCCUCACAGACAAGAUGAUCAAUCAUGCAGCACAGCCAGGCCUGCUCCUCACAGACAAGAUGAUCAAUCAUGCAGUUCAGGCACAGCCAGGCCUGCUCCUCACAGACAAGAUCAGGGGUCCCUAAACUUUUUGACUCGGGGGCCGCAUUGGGUUAAAACUAUUUGGCCGGGGGCCGGCCGGGCUGUAUAUAUAUAUAUAUAUAUACAUUAGAUAUAUAUGUAUAUAUACUGUAUAUAUAUAUUAUAUAUAUAUAUAUAUAUAUAUAUAUAUACAUACAUAUACAUAAUAUAUAUAUAUUAUAUAUAUAUAUAUAUUAGAUAUAUAUAGCGCACUUUCGGCGUGCGCGAUGAUGUCAUGUUAUCAAUGAGAAAAUGCAUUUUCAGACACUCUAAUUUGCCUGAGCGUGUAGGAGACACCGCGAGUAGCAAGCGGUACAAAGUGGAUAAGAAAAGACAGAAAAAAAUAAUAUAUAUAUAUAUAUUUUUUUUUUAAUAUUAAUUUAUUUAUUUUUUUAUACUUGGGACUUCCCGCGGGCCUGAUUUUGGACGCCGAAUCCGUCCGGCGGGCCGUAGUUAGGUGACCCCUGGACAAGAUGGUCACUCACUGGAGCUGUUGAUCAAGUCUCACUAGCAGGCACGUAUCAACAUGGUAUCAACAUGGUAUCAACAUGGUAUCAGCGCAUGAAGACUUUCAUUAUGUACAGAAACAUGUGCUUUAUUUUGAUGGUCAUCAUCUUCUGAUGGCUGAUUGACAAGGACACACUAUUUGAUUGAAGGAAGGAAGUAGCCAUGAAGGAGACUUUUUCUACAAUGCUGCCUCAAGUGUUCACAAGCAUGAAGUGCAUGUGUUUGUUGUGGAAAAUGUGGUUGUUGUACAACAUGUGUGUGUUUGUGCAACAAUUGUGUGUUUGUGCAACAUGUGUGUGUUUGUGCAACAAUUGUGUGUUUGUGCACCAUGUGUGUGUUUGUGCAACAUGUGUGUGUUUGUGCAACAUGUGUGUGUUUGUGCAACAUGUGUGUGUUUGUGCAACAUGUGUGUGUUUGUGCAACAUGUGUGUGUUUGUGCAACAUGUGUGUGUUUGUGCAACAUGCUUCAAAUGUUUGGAGACAAAGCUUGACAGUGUGAUGAUGGGAGUCAACAUAGUAUUAACUACAUUGCUGUUAAAGGUGCUUGACAGUGGGAUGGCUGUACUGGGUGUACUGGGAGUGUACUGGGUGUACUGGGAGUGUACUGGGUGUACUGGGAGUGUACUGGGAGUGUACUGGGAGUGUACUGGCUGUACUGGGAGUGUACUGGCUGUACUGGGAGUGUACUGGCUGUACUGGGAGUGUACUGGGAGUGUACUGGGUGUACUGGGUGUACUGGGAGUGUACUGGCUGUACUGGGAGUGUACUGGGAGUGUACUGGGAGUGUACUGGGAGUGUACUGGGUGUACUGGGAGUGUACUGGGAGUGUACUGGGUGUACUGGGAGUCAACAUAGUAAUAACUACAUUGCUGUUAAAGGUGCUGCCUUCAAUGACCAUUAAGCAUGCUGCAAUGAUGUUAUUAAAAGACAAAUAUAGACAUUUCUAUCUUGAAUGAUGUUAUUAAAAGCCAAAUAUAGACAUUUCUAUAUUGAAUGAUGUUAUUAAAAGACAAAUAUAGACAUUUCUAUAUUGAAUGAUGUUAUUAAAAGACAAAUAUAGACAUGUGUACUCCUAGAUCCGCACUCUUGCUAUCAUGUGCUCACUGUUCUGAUGUUUCUGAGUACAUGUCAUUUGGAGCCUGCCUGCUUCUAAGUGCACCUUUAAUGCUGAACUGUAUUACAAAAGUGAUUACCAAUCUAUUCCCCAGUCAGAUAUUCUACUCUACUCUAUAUCUAAUGAAGGUUCUACAUGUAAAGCACAGAAAGAGAACAUUUAUUUGACUAGAAAUAAAUUGGUUAUUGAAGUUUCCAUCAUUACUACUAACAACCUGUAAUGCUUUACUAUAAAAUAUAAGUUUAUAAAAGAUAAGUUGCCAUCGUUACUACUAACAACCUGUAAUGCUUUACUAUAAAAUAUAAGUUUAUAAAAUACAAGUUUCCAUCGUUACUACUAACAACCUGUAAUGCUUUACUAUAAAAUAUAAGUUUAUAAAAGAUAAGUUGCCAUCAUUACUACUAACAACCUGUAAUGCUUUACAGAUAUGUAUGUUUCUAUUAUUGAAGCAAUUGUUUGCAUGUGAGUUGGUGCUCCUCUUGCAGGCCAGCUGUGUGUAACAUUGUCAGUCUUUGUUUGCUCUUAUUCUGACACUAAAAGAUAUACCACUCUCUUUAUUUUUGCACCACAAGGCCACUAUAAUUGUGUGCUUAUUCUGACACUAAAAGAUAUACCACUCUCUUUAUAUUUGCACCACAAGGCCACUAUAAUUGUGUGCUUAUUCUGACA